AUGAAGUUCACCAUCAUCACUGCUCUUCUCGCCGCCUCGGCCUCUGCCCUGCCCACCGAUCAAGAUACUGCCGCUGCCAUUGAGGCUCGCCAGUUCGGCGGCAGCUCCACCCGCAAUGAUCUGAGCAACGGUAACAGCGCUUCUUGCCCUCCCGUCAUCUUCAUCUACGCUCGUGGCUCGACUGAGACCGGCAACUUGGGAACUCUUGGUCCAAGCAUUGCUUCAAAGCUUGAAGCAAAGUACGGCAAGUCUGGUGUCUGGAUCCAGGGUGUCGGUGGUGCUUACAGAGCUACCCUCGGCGACAAUGCCCUUCCUCGAGGAACUUCUACUGCAGCCAUCUGGGAGAUGGUUGGCCUUUUCAACACCGCCAAUACUAAGUGUCCCGAUGCGACUCUCAUUGCUGGAGGAUACAGCCAAGGUGCUGCUCUCGCUGCUGCAAGCAUCACAGACGUCGACUCGGCCAUCCGUGAAAAGAUUGCUGGCACUGUCCUGUUCGGGUACACCAAGAACCAGCAGAACAACGGCAGGAUCCCAAGCUAUCCUGCUGAGAGGACGAAGGUCUUCUGCAACGCUGGAGAUCUGGUGUGCACUGGUUCGUUGGUCAUUGCGGGUCCACAUCUGAUGUACCAGAGUGCUGCUGCUGGUGCGGCUCCCGAGUUUCUGAUUCAGAGGGUUGCUGGGGUUCAGGGAAGCUCUUGA